AUGUCAACAAGCUCAGUUCCAUACCCUUUCCACUUUGCUUCUGUCGCGAGUUCAAGCACAGAGUCGCAAGAUGGAAACCUCACAAACGUCAAUCUCUGGCUCCAGGAUGUUCGCGGGCGAAUCCCCUCAUUGCAGGCAUCGCGUCUCCGCACGCUGAUGCUGGAAGCACACAAGGAUCCCGCCAAGAUCCUCGCUCAUGCCUGCACGUAUGACGGUCUCUCGUCACGACUUGUCGAAGAGGCCGGUUUUCCGAUGGUCUUCCUGGCCGGGUACGCUGUGUCCAGUUCGUACGGUCUGCCAGACACUGGGUACAUUGCGAUGGCAGAGAUGUGCGAUAAGAUCCAGGAGACGUUCCGGCAGGUUUCGGUGCCCAUCAUGGCGGACGGCGAUACGGGGUAUGGGAGUCCGAUGAAUGUGAAACGGACUGUGGAGAGCUUUGCUGCUGCUGGGGCAGCGGGCGUUAUGAUCGAGGAUCAGCAGUGGCCGAAACGCUGCGGUCACACCAAAGGAAAAGGCGUGGUCUCGCGCGAGGAAGCCUUCGCCCGCAUCCAGGCAGCAUGCGAUGCCCGCAACGAAGGACGAGACAUCUUCAUCCUCGCGCGGACCGACUCCCUGAUCCUUGGCUGGGAGGAAGCUAUGGCCCGCGCCCAAGAGUUCAAGCGCAUUGGCGUGGAUGCCAUCUUUGUUGAGGCGCUGCCUGACCGCGACGCCAUGAAGCGGUGCGCAGAGGAGGUCGGCAUCCCGGUCUUUGCCAAUAUCAUUGAGGGCGGGAAGACGGAGAACUUGUCGGCCAAGGAUCUCGCCGAGCUCGGGUACAGUGCCGUCGCGUAUCCCUGGACGUUGGUUGCGGCUCAUCUGAAGAGUAUUCGGGAGGCGUUGGAUGGGCUGAAGAAGAGUAUGACUGUGGGAGCGCCGCCGAUGAUCUUGUCAUAUGAUGAGGUCUGUGAGGGUGUGGGAUUUAACAAGUAUUGGGAACGAGAGGAGAAGUACAAGUACAACACAUGA